AUGGCAUCAUCAACGAUUGCAAAUCCGGAUGCAAACUCAAAUCCAUCGCCGAAAAAGAGAAGAAAAAUCGGGGUGGAAAGUCGGUCUCAAAUUCAUUCUGAGGAGAUGAGAUGGAAGACGGAGGCGGAGCAACAGAUCUACUCAUCGAAGCUUGUAAAUGCCCUCUGCCACCUUCGCCGCCCUGUUUCCACCACAGCAUCCAGCCGCAUAGUCCGCGAGGCUGCAGAUCGUGUCCUUGCUAACUCUGCUAAAGGCCGGACUCGGUGGAGCAGGGCAAUUCUCACCAGUCGACUCAGCCGGCGACUCGCUCAGGUCAACAGGAAACACAAAAGAGCGGCAAAACCGGGGACUGGAAAUUCGCGGAUAAAGAAACCGGCAGUUAAGAAAAAACAGCCGCUUUUGCAAAGGAAAGUGCAAGUACUGGGACGGUUAGUUCCCGGUUGCCGUAAUCUCUCAAUGCCAAACCUUCUAGAAGAAGCGACUGAUUAUAUUGCGGCUUUAGAAAUGCAAGUCAAAGCCAUGACAUUUCUCACUGGCCUCCUGAAUGGCGGCGGAGGCGGGACGUUAGCCGAUUCCUCUGAUCGGCUCGGCUCGGACCAGUCAUUUACUUCUUAG